AGCCCAAGAACAGAGAGGCCUAGCGAAGCCAAGCCCAGGCUGAGGUCGAACAGUCGAAGAAUCAUGUCUGCUUUGUCUAGCUGUGAGUUGGUAAGCUGCAAAAUCCCAGUAGCAGCUGCAUUGCAUCAUGGAAGGAGCCGCCCCAAUUCUGUUUCUUUAAAGAUGGAGUAGGCUCUAGUUCAUGAUUGAAUAACGAUAACAAUUGGUUAUAUCAGCGAAAUUAACUGGGUAUGCUUUAUUCUGGCUUAUUAGGGCCAUAAAUAAUACACAAUCAACUUCUAGAGAACGGAAAGUGUACACCAUAUAGGGUUUUAAGGAAAUAGUUUCAUGGGUAUGACCUAUUUUCUUUUUCAAAACAAGCAAUGGAAGGGAAUUUAUCACAAGGAAGUAUGAUUCCUGGGGGAAAUCCAUUUGGAGGACUUGACUUGCAAGGAUCCAUAAGAGUUCAUCAGCAAGCACAGCACCAGCAUUCUGUACCCCAUCAGCAGCAUCCUCUUCAUCGCCAGGGUUCUUCUGUACAUCCUUCAAUUCAUGAGGGUUUUCCCCUUACAAUGGGAACCAUGCACAACUCUGAUCAAAUCAUUUCCAUGACUGAUUACAGUAAGGGAGAUAAGGGGAAAAAUUCAGCAAGUGAUGAUGAUGAGCCAAGCUAUACUGAAGAUGGUGCUGAUGGUCACAAUGAUGCAAGUAGAGGGAGAAAGGGGUCACCAUGGCAGCGUGUUAAGUGGACUGAUAAAAUGGUUAGGCUUUUGAUAACUGCUGUGUCUUACAUAGGAGAGGAUGCAACUUCAGAUUGUGGUGGUGGAAUGAGAAGAAAAUUUGCAGUUCUACAGAAAAAGGGCAAGUGGAAAUCAAUUUCAAAGGUCAUGGCUGAAAGAGGUCACCUUGUUUCACCCCAGCAGUGUGAGGAUAAAUUCAAUGACCUUAACAAAAGGUAUAAAAAGCUAAACGACGUGCUUGGGAGGGGCACUUCUUGCCAAGUUGUGGAGAAUCCAGCACUGCUGGAUGUUAUAGAUUAUUUAACAGAAAAGGAGAAAGAGGAUGUUAGGAAAAUAUUAAGCUCAAAGCACCUCUUCUACGAAGAAAUUCAUUAGAACAUUAUAUACAUA